UAAUUAAAACAAGAUAUCCUGAAGGACAAAAAAGUUCCAAUGAACAGAAAAAAAGAACAGUCAAUGAUGAACCAACGGAAGAGUCUGUUCUCUUUGACGAAUCGAAUGAGGGUGUUUUAAUUAGUUCUAUUGAUGAAUCAGGUUUGAAAGGAGAGACAACAUUACCAGCUUCAAAGAAGAUCAUUGAUGAUGCUCCAAGAAGAAAGCAAGCAUCGAAUCGAACUUGGAUACCUUUACAAUGUGAUGCCGAUUUUUGUGAUGUUCGUGCUUGA